UUCGGAGGAACUUGUGGGGUCGGGGAAGGGGAGUAGGAAUAAUUGGGAUGAGUUACUGGUGGAGUCGGUCGCGGCCUCUAUUGAGGUGAAAGAGAAGGGUUCUACCAAGCCAGAUUUGCAAGCUAUUUUGUGAACUUAGGACAUUUGGCGAAUAUCAUGAACGUGUUGAGCAGGAGCGACAUGACGCAGAAAUUGCAUGUUUUGUUAGUAAGGAAAAUGCUUCUGACAAAGGUCCUGUAAGUGCUGUCAAUACUUCUGGUGGAUUUGAUUCCUUUCUUGAUCUUUGGGAUACAGCCCAAGAAUUCUAUUUUGAUGUUCACUUUAGCAAAAGACCGAAGGGGAAUUCCAGUAUCCCUUUUGAAAUACACGGCAUAGCAACCCGUUGGGAAAAUUCUCCAGUGCACUAUGUCAAUCUUUCUAAGGAUCUAUUUUGGUUUAAGAGAAGGAAUGAUACCUUGCCCAUGACUAUUUCUGGUGAUGGUGAUGAUGUUUUGGCACCAAAGCAUCGGUUUGAACUUGCAAUGCAAAGAUGGAAUAGGAUUGUAACGAUCAUGGGGAGAAAAGAUGUGAAAAAGUUUACUGGGAGCUUAAAAGUUCAGAUUCAGCUCAUACUAUGUGUUGUCCCUGGUUUUCGUACAGGAUGGACUCAACAUGUGCAUUGUAGCAUGGGUCCUGUGGCCUGACGAGGAGAGAAGCUCCAACCCCAAUCUGGAAAAGGAAGUUAAGAAAAGGUUAUCCAGUGAGGCUGCAGCGGCUGCUAGUCGGAGUGGUGGAUAGAAAAAUCAGAUGCGCGUAGCUGCGUAUAAUGGUUGCUGCCGCAGAGUUGCGCAAACCCGAGCCUUAUAUUCUGUUCUCUGGAAAUUGCUAAUUUCUGAAGAACUAGUUGAAGCCCUUCUUAGCAUUGAGAUCCCACUGGUGAACAUUCUUGCGGACAUGGAGGUGUGGGGAAUCGGUGUUGACAUGGAGGGAUGCCUUCAGGCGCGUUCAGUGUUAGGGAGAAAACUAAGGUAUCUUGAGAAGGAAGCUGACAGACUGGCUGGUAUGAUGUUUUCUUUGUAUUUUGGCGCCAGAUAUUGCAAAUGUCCUUUAUGGGCGCUUGAUGCUGCCCAUACCUGAAGGGUCCAAUAGAGCAAAACAACACCCAAGCACCGACAAGCACUGUUUGGACUUGUUGAGGCAUGAGCAUCCCAGUAUUCUGGUCAUAAAAGAGCACCGAUCUUUGGCAAAUCUACUAAACUGUACCUUGGGAUCAAUUUGUUCGCUCGCUAGGCUUUCAAUUAGGACACAGAAAUACACGCUUCAUGGCCAUUGGCCCCAAACAUCAACAGCAACUGGACGACUUUCAAUGGAGGAAUCUAAUCUUCAGAUAUGUGAAGACUCUUAAAGGAAGAAGUCGUUUCCUAGCAAAAAUUAAACUUGGAAACAGUAAAGAAAGGUCUAAAGCUCAGAGACAAGCUGUCAAUUCUAUUUGUCUGGGAUCUGCUGCUGACAUCAUCAAAAUUGCAAUGAUCAAUAUACGUUCUCUGAUUGUUGGAGAAGUCGACGAUUCCGAUCCGGCAACAGUUGCAGCAAAAUUUCACAUGCUUAGGGGCCACUGCAGAAUCCUUUUGCAGGUACAUGAUGAAUUAGUACCGGAAGCAGAUCCUUCCGUCAUAAAGGAUGCUGGGUGGUUGCUUCAAAUGAGCAUGGAGAGAGCUGCGUUGCUUCCCGUUCCUUUGCGGGUCAAAAUGAAGGUUGGGAGAACAUGGGGACCUUUGGAGCCUUUCCUGGCUGAACAAAAUGAACAAGGAAGUUACGGUCCCAAAUUCUUAGGGGGUGUGAGCUUUUCAGAUAAAUAUACUGGUUGAUAUGUUGUGGAAACAGAAUUUUGGGCCAAUGCCUGUAGUGGCAAUUGCUAUACUCUGGCAUUCUAGAGUGCAUCUUUAUCAUUGAUUUAUGCUGAAAGCAGCCCUAUAUUCUGCUCAAAGAAAUUUGUUGGCCUGGGCAAGGGACUUGGAAAGCAGCAUUGCCUGAUGGACUAGAAUUCACUAGUACUUGGUUU